AUGGCUUAUUCCUUUAAUAAAUUAUUGACAUUAACGAUUAUUCUUUUGAUAAUCACAACAAUAACAACAGUGGCAAUUAUUCAUCCUAACGAAGUUGCAAAUGAUCUUGUUGACAAAAGGAAUUUGCGUAAAAGAGCUUAUAGUACAUUAGUCACAACACAUUUAAUUACAACUCAAUAUAUUGUCCUUGGUGUAUCAGAUUCAUGUGUGGCGAUUUACCCCACAUCAGCUCCUGGACCAGCUACACCGCCUCCAGUAGUUCUACCCACACUACCUACGAUAGUUAUUCCAAAGGGCACACCGCAGCCGAUAGUUCAAAAUUCACCCACACAAGUACCAGCAGCACCUUCACCAUUAAUAUUCAAACGCCAACAGAAUGUUGAAACUGCAUGUUUUUUUUACGACUAUGAGUAUACAACAAACGCUGUGGUCACUACAUCAUCAGCAACAUCACCAAGCAAUACUGGCACUGGGAGCACGACAAAUGUAAUACCUACGGAUACUUCCACUGUUAGUUCAACAUCAAAUCCUUUAUAUGAUAAAUUAACCAUGCUCAACUUUGCAAUCGGAUUGUUUGGUUUUAUUAUUCAUCAAAUUAUUUAA